AUCUUCGACCAGAGUAAACCGAAAAAAAGAGAAGAGGAAGAAGAAGAAGAAGAAGAAGAGGAAGAAAAAGAGAAAGAAGAAGAAGAAGAUAAAGAAGAAGAUAAAGAUAACGAUAAAGAUAACGAUAAUAAUAAUGAUGAUAAAGAUCGUGAUCGCGGUGAAGGCUCAAGUCGCAAUCCUCCUCCUCCUCCUCUCUCUCGCAAGCUCUCCCUUCGUAGAUAA